AUGAUUUCAGAUUUACCGAAUAACUCAAUUUUGAAGGUAAAACCUCGGGGGGUGGCUCGGAUCAACGAUGAGAAGAAAUUGUGGAAGAAAGAGGAGGGAACGAACUUGACGACCACGUACGUGUUACCAAAUUCCCUGCGUUUGUCCGCCAGAAAGUCAUUGUAUGCAAGAAUUCAUCAUUUUACAUACAUAGCACUUUUUGCAAGGUUUAUUUCCAACAUUGAUACCGAGGACCGACAAUCAAAUAAUAUUCGUAAGAACAUAUCAACGCCAUCCGACUGUGUACAUCAUCAACAUGAUCAUGAACAUUUCGCAUCUUUCUUGGUAGCGCAAUAUUUUACCAACAUGAAGAAAAUUUGCUCUACAUAA